CUGGGGUCCGGCUAGAUAAAAAGAUGAGCGGGUGAAUGCCUCCUCCUUUUCAGUUGAGCGCUGAAGCUUCGGCCGGAUCAUGUCAGGCGGUUCUGCGGAUUAUAACAGCUCUAGAGACAGAGACCAUGGCGGCCCGGAAGGAAUGGAGCCUGAUGGUGUCAUCGAGAGCAACUGGAAUGAAAUUGUGGACAACUUUGAUGACAUGAACUUAAAAGAAACGCUCCUCCGUGGUAUUUAUGCCUAUGGUUUUGAAAAGCCAUCUGCCAUUCAGCAGCGAGCAAUCAUUCCUUGCAUUAAAGGCUAUGAUGUCAUUGCUCAGGCCCAGUCAGGAACUGGCAAGACGGCCACCUUUGCCAUCUCCAUCCUGCAGCAGCUGGAGAUUGACCAGAAGGAGACGCAGGCUCUGGUCCUGGCUCCAACCAGAGAGCUGGCUCAACAGAUUCAGAAAGUAAUCCUGGCUUUGGGUGACUACAUGGGUGCCACAUGCCACGCCUGCAUUGGGGGCACGAAUGUGAGGAAUGAGAUGCAGAAGCUGCAGGCGGAAGCCCCCCACAUUGUUGUGGGCACCCCUGGGCGGGUGUUCGACAUGCUGAACAGGAGGUACCUGUCUCCUAAGUGGAUCAAGAUGUUUGUUUUGGAUGAAGCUGAUGAGAUGUUGAGUCGGGGAUUCAAGGAUCAAAUCUAUGAAAUUUUCCAGAAGUUGAGCACAAACAUCCAAGUCGUGCUUCUCUCGGCUACCAUGCCAGCUGAUGUGUUGGAGGUGACCAAAAAAUUCAUGCGUGACCCAAUCCGUAUCCUCGUGAAGAAAGAAGAGCUUACCUUAGAAGGUAUCAAGCAGUUCUACAUCAAUGUAGAAAGAGAGGAGUGGAAGUUGGACACGCUGUGUGACUUGUACGAGACUCUGACAAUCACUCAGGCUGUCAUUUUUUUGAAUACAAGAAGGAAGGUUGACUGGUUGACAGAAAAGAUGCAUGCCAGGGAUUUCACAGUUUCUGCUCUGCAUGGAGAUAUGGACCAGAAGGAGCGAGAUGUGAUCAUGAGAGAGUUUAGAUCUGGAUCUAGUCGUGUUCUGAUCACAACUGAUUUGCUGGCUCGUGGCAUUGAUGUACAACAGGUGUCUCUAGUCAUCAACUAUGAUCUACCCACUAAUCGGGAAAACUACAUACACAGAAUUGGUCGUGGUGGCCGUUUUGGCAGAAAAGGAGUUGCUAUAAACUUUGUUACUGAAGAAGACAAGCGGAUUCUUCGGGAUAUUGAGACUUUUUACAAUACUACUGUUGAGGAGAUGCCGAUGAAUGUGGCUGAUCUGAUUUAAACCCUGGGAUGAGAUUGAUCUUAUGCGGUGCUCGCUGUUGUUGAAUAAACGCGUGCAUUGUGCUUAUUUUAUUGGAAAAUAUUGAAUCUUGUCUCAAUGCUGAAAACGGAUCAGAAAUCCAGAUUUUUGAAAAGUGAAGCGACAUUUGUCGUGAACUCUUGUGAGGAUAGCCUUAGGCUUACUCUUCAGAGUUAGACUGCUGGGGUGGGACAUAAAGACAUGGGGUCUUUAAAUUUUUUCUUUAUUAGGUUUUUUUUUCCUAGUUUAAUAAAGUUGUGCGUGUUAGAUGUUCUCUAUCAUUUAAUAAUUUACUUAUGGACUAAAAGAUAUAAGUGCUGUAUUAAGUCUGCCAAUUAUGUGAAAUUAACAUAUUUGCAGUUAUUGUGAAGUUUGGGUCAGUGGGGAUGGCCUUCUAAAUUGUCAAAGCACUUUUAGUUCAUUUUGUGGAGAUGUAUUUAUUGAAUAAACUAUUUAAUCACUUACGGUCUAUUCAUUUGUAACAUCUCAACUUGUUUGAGCUCUUCCUCCUUUAAUGUGGGCCGUUUAAAAUUCGCUUUCCUGACCUUUUAAUUUUGUUUUAAUCAUGAAGGCCAAAUUGUUGAAAGACCCCAUUUUGAAAUAAAGAGGAAUAUGUGGUUAUGUGUGUUCUUUGUUUUCUAGCUUUCAAGACCACCAUGGGAUCUUUUUCCUCCCUUAAAUUCUAAAUUUUUAAAUCUAGCUGUGGGUCAACUAAAUGAAUUUGAAAUUGCAGUACUUGUAUCUUUAAGUCAAUGCCACUUCCAUUAAGUCCUGCAACACGGUGGUACUUAGGGAUUUUCAGUGUUUGUCUUGAUUCAAUGUUUUUCUUGUAUUGACAUUAGGAACUUGCAUUCCUGAAUGUUGCGAAGCACUGCUGUUAGCUAACUUACAUCUGUGCUUUAGCAUUCUUAAUGGUAUUACAUCUGCAUUGAAUAUAAGAGUAUGAAUUAAACUAUGGUCUUAAACUGCAUUUAAGUUUCAUUUCAAUAGCUUAAAUGGACUUUACAUUGCUAAGUAAAGUUUUUUUUUUGCAUGUCAAUGUAUACAAAAGGCAUAACUAGAUUUUAUUUUGGCAAUUCUGUUGCUGCACAACCAAUUAAAGCUUCAAUUGAAAG